AUGGUCAACAUUCCGAAAACCAGAAGGACUUAUUGCAAGGGUCGUGAUUGCCGAAAGCACACUCAGCACAAGGUCACCCAGUACAAGGCCGGAAAGGCUUCCCUUUUCGCCCAGGGUAAGCGUCGUUACGACCGGAAGCAGAGCGGUUACGGUGGUCAGACCAAGCCUGUCUUCCACAAGAAGGCCAAAACCACCAAGAAGGUCGUUCUCCGUUUGGAGUGCACUCAGUGCAAGACCAAGGCUCAGUUGGCUUUGAAGCGAUGCAAGCACUUCGAGUUGGGUGGUGACAAGAAGACCAAGGGUGCCGCUCUCGUUUUCUAA